AUGGAUAUGACAUCGGCAGCGGAAGCGCGCAGCUGGUACGACAACCAGCGGCUCGGCGGCUCGCCGGGCACGUCGGCCGCCCUCGGCCACCAGACGGCGGCGGUCGACCCGUCGGAAAUGAAUCCGUUCUAUCCGCUCGAAAAUGGCUCCCACCGACGCUACUACCCGACCAGCUAUGGCCCGCACGCAUCCCGCAUGAGCACGUCGCACGUUUCACCGCAAGUGUGUCGGCCCCACUUCCACGGGCCCCUGUCGUGGCUCAGUGACCCACCGAAGCCGAUCGCCUCGGGCAGCGCCUGGGGCAGCCCGUUCGCCUGCCCGCAGGAUCCGCAGGACAAGCUGGCGCAGGUGCAGGGCGCCCAGACCGGGCAGCACCUGUUCUCGUUCCCGCCGACCCCGCCCAAGGACUCGACGCCCGACUCGGUGCAGACGGCGCCGGCCGAGUACCAAGCGACGAUCAACGCGUUCAUGCACCAGGCCCAGGUGGUCAGCUCGAACCAGGGCACGGACGGCUGCGGGCUGGACGUGAAACCGUGCCUCACCGGGGGCAACGGAUCGAGUGGCGGGGGCGCCGGAACCGGAGGCCAAAACCAACCAAAGCAGCGAGAAGAGGGUCGAGAAUGUGUCAACUGCGGUGCAACGUCGACGCCCCUGUGGCGACGGGACGGUACCGGCCACUAUCUGUGCAACGCCUGCGGACUCUACUACAAAAUGAACGGCCAGAAUCGUCCACUGAUCAAACCGAAACGAAGACUGGUUAGCUCGCUUCAAAGUGCCGCCCGACGCGCGGGAACAUCGUGCGCCAACUGCAAAACGACCACCACCACGCUGUGGCGAAGGAACCAGGGCGGCGAACCCGUUUGCAACGCUUGCGGGCUCUACUACAAGCUGCACAACGUUAAUCGGCCGCUAACGAUGAAGAAGGAGGGCAUCCAAACGAGAAACCGCAAACUGUCGUCAAAGUCGAAGAAGAAGAAAGGCAUCCCCGGCUCGUGUCUUCCGCUCGGCAGCCAUCUCGGUGAUCUGAUGAAGCCGCUCGACCACAAACCCUCGUUCCCGGGCGGUUUUCCCGGCUCGAUGGGACAACACGGUCACCUGUCGGGGGGACUGCAUCCGGCGCACACGCAUAUGCACGGUGGCUGGUACACGACCGGCAUGGGGGCGCUCGGAACUUCCGGCGGACUGCAGAACGGCUUCGGAGGCGCCGGGUCGCUCGGCGGCGGCGUAGUGCCCCACUCGCAAUCCUACCAUCUAGGACUCAACUCGAUGAGCUGGCGCUCGGAGUACACGUGA